AGCGUCCGGUGCGGGGGAAGCGCGGCCGGGUCCUAGUGCCCGCUGGUUGCAGGUUCGGGGCUCGCGGCGGGGCUCCGGGCGAGGCCCGCCACCUCAGACCCCUCGCCGGCCGCGCGCCAGGCGCCGAUGGCCGGCCGCUCCCUGGGGCAGGCGGUAGCCACCGUGUCGCUCUCGGUGGCCCUCGCGUCUGUGACUGUCCGGUCCUCAGGCUGCCGCGCCGUGCCCGCACCCAGAAACCCAUUUCCAUCCUGUGGGUUUCACCUUAGCGCUAACAUCAUGUCUGGUUCUAAUGGUGCCAAAGAGAAUUCCCACAACAAGGCCCGGACAUCUCCUUACCCAGGUUCAAAAGUGGAGCGAAGUCAGGUUCCGAAUGAGAAGGUGGGCUGGCUUGUUGAGUGGCACGACUACAACCCUGUGGAGUACACCGCCGUCUCCGUCCUGGCGGGACCCCAGUGGGCGGACCCUCAGAUCAGCGAGAGCAACUUCUCUCCCAGGUUUAAUGAGAAGGAUGGGCACGUGGAGAGAAAGAGCCAGAAUGGCCUGUACGAGAUUGAAAACGGGAGGCCCAGAAACCCUGCAGGGAGGACAGGACUGGUUGGCCGGGGCCUCCUGGGGAGAUGGGGCCCAAAUCAUGCUGCCGAUCCUAUUAUAACCAGGUGGAAAAGGGAUGAGAGCGGGAAUAAGAUCACACACCCUGUCUCCGGGAAAUGCAUCUUGCAGUUCGUUGCGAUCAAGAGGAAAGACUGUGGAGAGUGGGCAAUCCCGGGGGGGAUGGUGGACCCCGGCGAGAAGAUCAGUGCCACGCUGAAAAGAGAGUUCGGUGAGGAAGCCCUGAACUCCUUACAGAAGUCCAGCGCGGAGAAGCGGGAGAUCGAGGAGAAGCUGCACGCACUCUUCAGCCAGGAGCAUCUUGUGAUCUAUAAGGGGUAUGUUGACGACCCUCGGAACACUGACAACGCGUGGAUGGAGACGGAAGCUGUGAACUACCAUGAUGAAACAGGGGAGACGAUGGACAACCUCACCCUGGAGGCCGGAGAUGACGCCGGGAAGGUGAAGUGGGUGGACAUCAGUGACCAGCUCAAGCUGUAUGCCAGUCACUCUCAGUUCAUCAAACUGGUGGCCGAGAAACGAGAUGCGCACUGGAGCGAGGGCUGCGCUGCUGACAACCGCGGGCUAUAGCCCGUCCCCGUCCCCGUGAACCAGCGGGCUGCAGGCCGCACUGCAGACCUCAGUGCCGCAUAACUGACGCCCACGGAGGCCACCUGGCAGUGCUUGCAACAGGUGAAAGGCCUGGAUAUGGGGAAGAACAUUAAAUGCCCAGCUUUCUUCUCAAACGGAUUAGAGACUGUCAUUUUGUAUAUAUUUACGCAUGUGUGAACAAGAUUUAAAUAAUUAAUGUUCUUUGAAAAGUUGUAGUUACAAUAAAUAUAAAACCUAA